GAUCAUUCAUGAAAUAAGAUUUUGUAAUAUUCCACAAACUAGAAACUAUUAAGAAAAAUAAGUUAGGGGAAUAGAAAGAAGAAGAAAAAGAGCUUUAACUUUUGGAAUUGGAAGAAGUCCAAACACAAAAACAUAAAGUCUUUAUUUUACCUUUUAACCCCUUCAAAAAUCAUCGUUUAAUUUCAGUGCCCUCUUACUUUGUCCAUAUCUCUCUACUCCUCUGUUUCUUGGCCUUCUCUAGUCAGCUCUUCUCCUAUCUUCGUCUUUAUCAGGUAAAGAAUUAUGAUGAGCAUAUCCCUCAACCAUACCUCUCUCUACUCUUUUAAGUUUUACAACUUCUCUGAAGUUUGCAUGCGCAGACGGUUAUGUAGACCAUAAGGUUUAGCUUUUUAGCUAUUUUAUUUGUAUGGUUGUUGUAAUAGUUAAGAGCUAAAUAUGUAAGUGAUAAUUGAAACUUGAAAGAUUUUAUAUGUAUGUAUGAAAGAAAGAGUGAAUGGAGCUGUGGACAGAAGCUAGAGCCCUAAAGGCAAGUCUGAGAGGUGAAGCUAUAAAGCAUCAGGUGACUGUGUCAUCUGAGGAAUUAAGUCGAACUUCUUCUGCUGAAGAUUUCUCCGUUGAAUGUUUUCUAGAUUUCUCAGAAGAAGGUCAAGAAGAAAAACUUGUCUCAGUUACUUCUUCACAAGAAGAACAAGAACAAGAUUGUUGUAUCUAUAGUUCACAACCUUGCAUCUUUGAUCAACUUCCUUCUUUGCCGGAUGAAUAUGUGGAAGAGCUUGAAUGGGUAUCUCGUGUUGUGGAUGAUUGUUCAUCACCAGAAGUCUCACUUCUCCUCACACAAACCCACAAAAUCAAACCAAACUUCUCAUCUUCAAUUCCAGUUAAACCAAGAACCAAACGGUCUCGGAACAGCUUAACCGGUGACCGGGUUUGGCCACUCGUUUCAAAAAAUCAACAUGCAAAUGGAGAGCAUGGGAGGAAGGAGAAAAAAGAAAUAGCCGUUGGGUUUCAAAGAAGAUGCAGCCAUUGUGGCACAAACAACACACCUCAGUGGAGAACCGGUCCGGUCGGUCCAAAAACGUUAUGUAAUGCAUGUGGAGUCAGGUUUAAGUCCGGUCGACUCUGUCCGGAAUACAGACCAGCGGAUAGUCCGACGUUCUCUAGUGAGAUCCACUCAAAUCUUCAUAGAAAGGUUCUGGAGUUGAGAAAGAGUAAAGUGUUGGUUGAAGAGACAGGUGAAGCUACUACUAAAUCAGACCAAGUCAAAUUUGCCAGUAACGCGGUAGAUAGGACGUAGGUAAAACUAAACCUCUAGCUAAACCUACUUUUAACAUUAUCUUUAGUGUUUUAAUCUAGCAACUUGCUCCAUAACAAUGGAAGCUGUUUUGGAAUUAGUCUAUAAAAAAUGUUUCUUCUAUGAACAAGAUUAUGUAAUUUUUUAGUGAUGUGAGACCAUGCACCACCACUACUAAGAAUGAUUUCGGUUCAUGUGAA